CACCGAGCCUGGCCUUGACUGUUAUUUUAACAUUUACUUAUGGCACCUGUUUCUACUUAUUUUGACAUUUGGGCACUCACUGUUGGCAACCUCGUAAUUUUUCCUAAAUAUUGUUUUGUGACUUAUAAAAAGAGACAUACAAAAGUGAAGGUGAACUGGCACAAAGUAGUUGCCAUACUGGAAAAACAACUUCAGUUUCUUACAGUUGUGUCCAAGAAGCAGCUAGGCUUUGCCUCUGGCAGCUUGUAUUUGAAAAACCUGUACUUUUAAAAGCUCUAUUUGCCUUUAUACAUUACCAGGUGUGCUCCAGAGACAACUUGAAACAAGGCCUUUGCUCUACUUGAAAAGAUUCACAAAACAGAUUUGAAAAUGACUCGUCAGUGCAUGAAUUUCUCAAGUAAAUGGUGAUACUAAAUUAAUAUUCUUGUGUUGCAGGAAGUCGGUGAACCAUCUAAAGAAGAGAAGGCUGUAGCCAAGUAUCUUCGAUUCAACUGUCCAACAAAGUCCACCAAUAUGAUGGGUCACCGGGUUGAUUAUUUUAUUGCUUCAAAAGCAGUGGAUUGCCUUUUGGACUCGAAGUGGGCAAAGGCCAAGAAAGGAGAAGAAGCUUUAUUUACAACCAGAGAGUCUGUGGUUGACUACUGCAACAGGCUUUUAAAGAAGCAGUUUUUUCACCGGGCACUAAAAGUAAUGAAAAUGAAGUAUGAUAAAGACAUAAAGAAAGAAAAAGAUAAAGGAAAAGUUGAAAGUGGAAAAGAAGAAGAUAAAAAGAGCAAGAAAGAAAAUAUAAAAGAUGAAAGGACAAAAAAGGAAAAAGAGAAAAAAAAAGACGGUGAAAAGGAAGAAUCCAAAAAGGAGGAAACUCCAGGGACUCCCAAAAAGAAGGAAACCAAGAAAAAAUUCAAACUUGAGCCACAUGAUGAUCAAGUUUUUCUGGAUGGAAAUGAGGUAUAUGUGUGGAUCUAUGACCCAGUUCACUUUAAAACAUUUGUCAUGGGAUUAAUCCUUGUGAUUGCAGUAAUAGCGGCCACCCUCUUUCCUCUCUGGCCGGCAGAAAUGAGAGUAGGUGUUUAUUACCUCAGUGUGGGUGCUGGCUGUUUUGUAGCCAGUAUUCUUCUCCUUGCUGUUGCUCGCUGCAUUCUGUUUCUCAUCAUCUGGCUCAUCACCGGGGGAAGGCACCACUUCUGGUUCUUGCCGAACCUGACUGCUGACGUGGGCUUCGUCGACUCCUUCAGGCCUCUGUACACACACGAAUACAAGGGACCAAAAGCAGACUCAAAGAAAGACGAGAAACCCGAGACGAAAAAGCACCAGAAGUCCGACAGCGAGGAGAAGGAGGAGGAGGAGGCAAAGGCCGGCCCAGCAGGUCCCGGCGCAGAGGGCUCCGGCGGAGAGCGGCACUCGGACACGGACAGCGACCGGAGAGAAGACGAGCGGUCCCAGCACAGCAGUGGGAACGGGAACGACUUCGAAAUGAUAACCAAGGAGGAGCUGGAACAGCAGACAGAUGGGGAUUGUGAGGAGGAGGCGGAGGCGGAGGCGGAGGCGGAGGAAGACAGUGACCGUGAGACUGCUAAAUGCUCACAUGAAAAGUCGUAAUCUGACCAGUCUGGGGCUGAGUAAGUACAAGAGAUUGGCUUUUCUGUGUUGGCUGGGCAUCACCACGUACACUUGGCUUUUGUGGCCGUCUUGAAAGCUACUUACUGGAGUGUAUUUGACACCUAGCAGUUGUGCCCAGUCUUUCAUUUGGUAGACUCUUGGUACUAUUACUGGUACAGUUUAAAGCCAUUAAUAAUUUUUAUCCAUUCGGUAGUUUCCACAGCGACAUUAGAUUUAUGGCAUACCUGAUGGUUGUAUGGCUUUUUACUGUUAGACUAAUCAAAAUAACUUUAAAAGGAACCAAGAAACUCCAGCACUUCAGAUUAUGCCGGUUACGUAGCCAUUUCCCAGUUUCUUUAAGAUGCUUAAACUCGUUGUUCUCGAUAGGCAGACUUUUGUUUCUCAUUAUAAAGUUAUACCAGGAAGCUUCUUUUCGGAUUCUAAGUUAGCUGGAAACAAGCCCACUAGAAACAAAGUGCAGCAACGCUUUCAGCCUAGCUCCAGAUUCUCCUUUUCCGAUGUAGGAAACCCCACCUGAUGUGUCCCUCUGGGCCGGAGCGAUGGUCGUCUCCAGCAGAGAACAGCGUGGCUGGAGGCCAGUGGCGCUCUCCUCCCGUGUCCUUGUCGUGGCGUCAAGUGUAUUCUGUACAUAACUGACAAAUAAAGCAUUUUAUUUUAAUUGUCACUUAUUAUUUAGACAUCUCGCAACACUUAAAUUUGUAAAAUUGAGACCAUGUAAGGACAUGUUUUUAGAGAAAUGAAGUUUCAAUAACCCACCGAAUGUGUGUGAUCUUUCUACAGCCCUUCGGUUUUGUGCCAACAUUCCAUGUAUUUUGAAUAUGAGUAAAAACUGAUCUUUAUUAAGUGAGAGCAGACUUAAAGUAGCUUUGUACGCCUUAAUGUUCACUUUGAUUUAUUUUAAAUCUCUACAUUAUCAGACCAGGAGGCACUGCUGUGAAAGAUAAUUUACUGUUCUAAAAUAUCAAUUUAAAAUAAAGAAUAUAAAAGAAAACAUAA